GCGUCAGGCGGGUUGAGUCAAAUUUGUUGUAAUGUUUGUAUGUUGCUAUCAACAACAGAUAGCCCAACUGAACUGCUUUUUCACAUGUAAAGAUAUUCUGUCCGACAGUGUUUUAUUAGACAAGUGAAAAGAACGAUUGUAAAGGGGGAUGUUGGGAACAUAUUAAUUCGGAUGGUGAGCAGGCCUGCGCUUAUUUCACAAAUCUAGAAAUAGCUAAAUGUAACCACCUGCUAAUUGACUAAACCUGGGACAUUUCACAGCGAAACCAAACAGCAUCUCAAGUGGAAGACAGGUCGAAGAAAAUGAGCUCGCCGGUAAAGAAACAAGUUUCGUCAUGUAAACGCCAUAUGAAAAAAGAUGUCAAGCAAAAGACUCAUGAUGUCCAAAAGACGUUCUAUUUGAUGGACUACAGAAUCUUGGCUGAAAGGAACCCAUCACGAAUGGCAGUAGGAGCAUGGGUGGACAGUGUUCACGAAUGGGAAAAACAUCCAACUGUUCUUGCAGCCCACACUCAAGAGCUACACAUGGACAUUCUUCGACAGAAGGAAAUAAAUCUGCUCAGAUUUCAAGAUGCUGUGCGACAACGUUUGUCACAACAAGCUCAAAUCCGUCAGAAACAACAGAUGGAGAGGUCCUGUAAAACGGCUGAGCAGGAUGGCCGGGUGCUGAAGCAGGCGAGUGAUGCAGCCCAGCAGCUCAGCCCCAGGCGUGGCCCGCUGCCCUCUCACCCUCCCGGAGAGCUGGCUAUCUGCUCCCCCAGGGCACGCUGGGUGGAGGCGCGAGAAGUGGGAUCGAGAGGUGACCCCACCGCCACUACCAACCCGCACAGUCAGCAGCGGAGUAAAGCAGUGAAGCUCGUCCGCCACAGACUCGCCACAUGCAAGACGACCGGAGAGGGCGAUGAGAUGUCUGAACUACCUGGAGGGGUGUGGAAAAGCUCCCCUACGAGAGAUAAACAUGGAGGCCGUAUGUCUGGAGAUGAGUUGUCAGGGGAUGAGGAGGGGGAUGGUGAUCACGAUGAAGAAUCAGUGGAGGACGAAGGGAUGUCACUGAUUGGACGGCAUGAUCAACCACUGUGUCUGCAGAAUCUUAGUUCCUCUAAAGAGAAUAAGGUCAAGGCUGUUUGUUUCAACGAAACAGAGCAGGUCUGUGAGAGGUUGGUGAAAGACCCGAUCUCAACAGAUCUACAACCUGGCGGUAACACAAACGUCCGAAGCUCCACGGUACUAUGGCCCUUUGAAGACCAAGAGGACCUCAAAAAACAGAGGCAGUCUCAGUUCCUGAUGUACCGGCGCCUCUAUAUGGACAUUGAGAGACAACAGGUGAAGGAGGUGCAGCGCCAUCGCAAACAUCUACAAAGAAUCGAAAGAAUAAAAGCCGAAAAGGAGCGUCUGAGGCAUGAAGAGGAGGAGCGUCUGGAGAGAGUGAAGCGUCAGGAGGAGGAGAGCGCGGCGCUGGCCGAGAGGGAGUACCGCAUCCUUGAGCGCCUGAGGCUGGAGGAAGAGGAGAGGGCAGAGGCGGUGAAGAGGCAGGAGAAGGCUCAGAAGAACAAGGAGGCCUCCAGAUACAUCGAGGCCCUGCGGGCGCAGAUGAGGGAGCGCAUCUCUCUGGAGAGGGUGGAGCUGCCCGCGCUCUGUUGCUGUGGAGACGGCUUCUGGGACUCUCACCCCGACACCUGCGCCAACAACUGUGUCUUCUACAAGAACCCCAAAGCCUAUGCCCAGGCCCUGCAGUCUGUGCUGCUGAGCUGCGACCAGAGGGACCAGAGUGCAAGUCACCGCGCCUCAACACGGAGGGUGGCCUCCAUGUAUGCCCAGUCCCCAAAGAAGUGAUCGAUGGACGGAUGGAUGGAUUUUUACCUGAUGCCUUUUUCGACACUCGGCCAUCUUGUCAGGAAUAAACCAAGUGAACUCUAUGGCAUAUUUAUUUUUUUGUUUGUUUUGUUUUACAUACAGUGUAUAAUGUUUUUCAUUCAGUGUGUAUUUCUUUGAACAGAGCUCGCUGUACACAUGGGACUUUUGUGCAUGACAUGUCUGGUCUGUUAGAGAAAUCUUUAUUUUAAGUUAAACAUACUGUACCUUUACUUGUACUGACGUCACUAUGAAUGGAUUACAAUUUCCUCUUUUUCAGCCGGCAGGCAACUUGUUUCAGCCUCCGCUCCACACACUAGACAAUUCUGAGUGGAGGUUGUGUAGCAUAGAUUAUUGACAUAUCCUAACUGAGAUUAAUUUGCUGUAGGUAGCUCUCCACAUUCCUGCAGGAAUGUGUUCCAUACAUACAUAGCCUGGCCUUGCCACACGUAUGCUCCAGUCAAAUACAUUUUCCUUCCAAUAUUACAUUUGGCCCUGGUCUCCUGGGAGGGCUUUAGUGUUAUCAAUCCGAAAGCAGAGGAGGGGCGAGGGAGGGGGGAACGGACAUUUCAAGAUCAUCCCUCCGUUCAGUAAUUGUUUUACAAUUCGGUCAUUCCAAACGCUUUGUGCGAAUGAAAUUAUUAUGAGGGCAUGGUAACAUCAGGAUAUGCAAUACAUAUAAUAUUUACUCAUUCAUUUUACCUCCUCCCAGCCAUUUCCCAUUUCCCAUUAGAUAAUAGCAUAGAUUAGAUUCGUAGCACUGUAAACUCAAUUUGCAUAUGGGAAAACGGUGUUAAAGUGAAAGAAACAUUUGUUACUGCUGUUUAUGAAAACUGUCAAGAGACCAUUUGCUUUUGGAGGAUUAACCUCUGGAAGACUCUGAUGAACUGGUUACCCCGAGUGCCUUCUUCCGGAUAUGUCCAUUUUCUUGAGCAUUUGACAUGACCUGAAGUUGACCAAGAUAGUCUUAUCUGUUGGGUCAAGUACUGUGAUUACAUUACAAACUUGCUGCAUUCCUGUUGACACUUGAAUGGUGCCAUUGCAUUGAGAAAUACUGUCAUCUUGGCAAUUGUAUAUCAGUGGCAGUCACAACCACAUGAAAUACAACUUUUCAAUGUGAGAGCACCUUACAUACUACUUGAUGCACAGUGUAACAUAAAUAAAGUGAAUUCGUCUCUGUUCAA